UUGUCGCGACGUUGGUCGCGAUGUGUAAAUAGUGUAAAUAUUACAAAUAGCAACAUGGCGCAAGUUCCGAAGAUUUGUCUAUGGUGAGUUAGAAUUUGUCAGUUUUUGAAUACUUAGUGAAAGAGAAUAUAAAUCACUAUUUCUACUUAAUGGUUGUAAGAAGUGUGCUGAGAUUGUGUGGCGGGACUUCAAAUGACUUAAUCCACUAAAGCUAAGUAUUUAGGCUAUGUAUCUCGCUAUGUGUGUACUGUUUAUAUAAUAUUCUUAUUACUAAAUAUAUACCGCAUUGAGGAAUCAUACCGAGAGUCAGUGAAUCGACACUCCCAACUUUGGUUAACACUAAUGAGAUAUAGAGCGUCUGCCCCUAGCGAGCAGGUACGCUAAGACACCUGCCCAUGUGUGUAGGUUGAGCCAACUAAUAUGAGAACAGAGCUUCUACCCCUGGUGAGUAGAUAUGCUGAGGCCCCUGCCCAAGUGUGUAAGGUUGAGCCGAUUAACAUGAGAACAGAGCGUCUACCCCUGGUGAGUAGAUAUGCUAAGGCCCCUGCCCAGGUGUGUAAGGUUGAGCCGAUUAACAUGAGAACAGAGCUUCUGCCCUGGCGAGCAGAUACGCUAAGGCCCUGCCCAUGUGAGUAGGUAAGCCAAUAAGUAAGAAAGAUAAAGUAUCUACCCUGGUGAGCAUGUUAGGCAUAAAUGAUAAUUUCUAAACUGACUAAAAUCCUUUGUUUAUGUCUCAAUAUACAGUUUCGUUAUAACUGCUAAAGUUUAAUACUCUUAGGUCCAAUUAGCCAAAUGUGAUCACACCCCCUAACGUAAUAUGCCUUGAAGAUAUAUUAUUCCCUUCAAACGUUACAUUACAAACUUUCUAUAUAGGUAGAUAUAUCUCUAUAUUUAAUGACAUAAUAGUAGUACUUAUAAUUAUACUACAGAUGUGAUGGUGUCAUUGUGUUUACAGCAUGGAAGGGCUGAUCAAGCCUAUCAUGUGCCCGAGUCACCGAGAGUGUCGGUGUCAUCGGGCAUUGUUUGUAACUCUACAGAAGGUGGACUGGUAGACGUGUCUCCGACCAAUUAACAAUAUGAAACAAAUGAAGUCUCAGAAUUCUAAUCUCACUGGGAAAUUAAGAGGUCAGUUAUAAUUUGAUAUCUUUAUUUUCGAUUAGCAUCGCUAUGUGUUGGCAUAGCGACAUGGUGGAGAUGCUGGGAUAUCAAUCCAUAAUUUUGAAUUGAUAUAAUAUUUAACAGUAUGUAACACCUAUUUCAUAUUCGACAUUGGCGGAGACACGUACAAUACCUUUACAUAGUAAGGCCAACAGAUGGCGUUAACAGUACUGUUUUCAAAAGUAAUCAAGUAGGAUCUCGUAAUUUGCAUUUACAAUCACAAUAUAAAAUAGUAAAGAGUAUGCUGCGUUUUAAUUUACCCAAUAAUUAAAAAAUACAUUUACUAUAAUUUAAACUCAAAAGAAUCUUGAAGAAGAUUAUUUAAAAUAAGAAUUUGGUGAUGUGCGGAAGUAUCUACGAGAUCACGUGAUCGUCAUGGCGGAAAUAGACGAAAUAGUUCCACUAUUUGAUACUCAUUUGUUUUUCCAUUGCUCUAAAUUAAGAGAUUAUCUCUAUCAUAAUUUAAUUACUACAUAGAAAUUGAAAUGUCGUUUUUUAUACUUAAUAACGAUAUUUAUUUUCCGACGAAUAUUUUUUUUCUCGAUCACUCGUAAAUAUUUUUAAGAAGUGAGUCUUGGGGGUCGUCCAUUUUGGUUUUAUUUCUUUGUAAACUUGAGUCGAAGUGUUUGAAAAUUUCGCAAAGUCUGUGCAAAACUCAAAAUAACGGAUUAAUUUGUGUUAUUUAUCACAUCUAAGAACUAGUGUUACAGAAUUAUAUGAGUUGAGUUGGAAUCUAAUGAGGUAAGCGGGUGGAAAAUAGAAAUAAAAUUUAACAUUGCGUGUAGAUGAUAAAUAACAAAAUGAUUUGUUUCUUAGGUGAAUCUGAAUAGAUCCUGCAUUUAUUUAGUGAGACCAGAGUAGUUUCCUUCCAGUUGUGCAGCAGCGACUUCUCUUACAGGUAAAAGUUUAGAUCUAAUUAAGAAUUACAUACUUUGUAAGUAAUAUAGAAACCUGCAUAUCUAUCUACCUACAAAACGUUAACAACUUUACAUUUUACCGCGAACUGAAUAUGGUUAAUUUAAACUAUAAUCAGUUGUAGGCGUAUGCGUAGUAAUUUCUGGCUUCCACAGUUGGAAAUUUUCAUUCGCGGCUACAGGAUUAUGCUCAAGUGGUCGUAUAAGUUUGUAAUAUUGUGAAUAACCACAAAAUAGAAGCCAUUUGUAGCUAGAGUAACUACCUACAUAGGUAUCUACCGAUGGACAGGUAUUGUCGUACUAGUGGAUGGUAGGUAGGUAACUAGAUUAUAAAUACAAUUAGCCUUUCCCUUUUCACCAAUACUACCUACCCUCUUAGAUAUUUUACUUUUUCAUAAUCUAUUUGACAUAGUUAGGCUGUCCUAGGACAUGAACCUUAUUGCACUACUUCUGUUUGUUGCAUGUUGACCUUCAUCUUUGUGUAGGUACCGUAAAGGUAUCCAGAUAGACACCAACAUUUCCAAUAAGUGUUCUAAGAAGAUCCUAAUUUGAAAAUAAAUUAUUAAUGAAGUAUCUUACCUUAUGAUAGGCGGCCUCAUUUUGGAGAAGCAGUCUUUUCUAGACAGAGAGUGUGUGAGGUAAUUAAUAUUAGAAGACAGUACAACAAUGGAAUAAAUGUACAUACAAUAUACAUAAAAUUAUAAAUAUAGGUACUUUUAAAAAUAAAAUUCUUUAAUAGAUUAUAAUAAAUUAAGUUUUAUUAAAGGUUUCUCAGAAAUAAAAUACCCUAAGCUAACUAAAUACAUAGAUAAAUUAAUAAUAAAUAAUCUGUGCUUUAACCAAACAACUUGUAUUUAAUAUAUAUGUCAUACUUAAAAUUCUUCUGCGCAUGUAUAAAUAAUAUGGUGAAUAUAUGUUCAAAUUUUGAUAUUAAAAGCUUAAUGUAACUUCUUAAAUCUAAAUAAGGAUUAUCUAAAUGAAAUAAUAAAUAGGUAUAAUUUAAUAACCUUUAGCAACCUGUGAUAAUUAAUAUUUCUUUCUCUUAAAUCUCUGUGAAUAAUGAUAAAAGUCCAUGAAUACUUGAGACAUUCAACUACUUAAUUGCUAUGUUUCCAUAUAGCAUCGCACCCGUAUGCCCGACGGGGGUUGGUUGAGGUGUACACUUCACGAAAAUUAUAACCUAUCAUUCUUAAAGAAACAUACUGAAUUGAGAUUUAAAUUAAUUGUGUUGAAUAACGAGAAUAUGAUAUUAAUAAGGAAAUUAGGUAUAAUAACUCUAAAUUGUUUAUAAUUGUCAAGUAAUGAUGUUGGAAUUAUAAUAUCUUGAGCAGAUUACAUUAUCAAUUCCAGAUAUAAACAAGACACCAUGGAGGAAGUGAUGUUAAGAAGGUUAAAGUUAAUAUGUGGCGAAAUAGAAAAAAUAAAUAAGCAAGCCAGCAACAUAUUGGUCUCAGUCUCUUUACUAGAGUCAAUUUCAACACAAGAAGUUGAAAUCAUUGUUCACAAAUUAGAAACAGUCAUAAAGAGAUUCUGCGAUGAAUUGACAAAUUAUUUCAGAAUCGCGCAGGAACCCGCGGCUGAUGAUAUUUCCAGUAUGAGCGUCAUUCAACUUAGUGCAGAAGAAAAUUUAGCUGAAUUAAAAAUAAAACUUAACAAUAAGAAAGUGAAUAUAUCUACAAGGGAGCAAAGCACGACGUGUGUCUCUGGGAAAUUACCGAAAUUGUGUCUAGCUGAGUUUGAUGGCAAUAUAUUAAAUUGGCACCAAUUUUGGGACCAAUUUAGCUCUAAUAUACAUACAAGAAAUCUGUCUGACGUCGAUAAGCUAUUAUAUCUAAAGGCAUCCUUGAGGGGCGAAGCGCAGAAGGCUCUUGAUGGUCUGGAAACAACGAAUAAAAAUUACCAAAUAGCCUUAAGCACGUUGAAAGAAAGAUAUGGUAAACAUAACUUACUAAUAGAUUCUCAUUAUGCGGCGUUGUAUAAAAUUAAAGGUGCCGAUAAUAACAAUGAAGACUGUAGGAAGGUAUUGAACGACAUUGAACAACACCUAAGAGUUUUAUCUUCCUUAGGAGAGAACAUUAACCACAAUCAUCUUCGAUUUAUGAUUAUGGAGAAAUUUCCGGAAAAUAUUAUAUAUGAGUUAAGGUCUAAAACUAAGGCUGAUUGUAUUAGCGACAUUAGGAAGGAACUCGAAAACAUAAUAUCUGCCAAGGAGGAUGCUUGUCGCAUUACAAGGGAGAGUAACAAGGAUAGACCUACAACAUAUACGGUUGAAACACUUCACGUGAGUAAUGAACCUGUAAAUGAUAAAAACUUACCUAUUAGAGAACAACACCACGGAAACUUGAAAUUUGAAAGAAACUGGAGAAAUCCGCAGAAGAGAAAUUGUAGUCCGGUUCAUAUUCAUGAAAGGAAAAGAACAAAAUUUACGUGUAUAUUUUGUAACGAAAAUCACUACAAUGAUCAGUGUACUAAUUUUAAAACAAUUGCACAACGGAAAGGUAAAUUAGAAAAUCGCUGUUAUGGUUGUUUAAUGAAAGGACAUACUCUAAGAACUUGCAGGAGACAGCGGAAGUGUCAACAUUGUGGACAAAUUGGCCGCCACGAUAGAGCCUUGUGUCCCAAACAAGACUCGUAUAAGGUAGAAAAUGCCUUUCAUGUAAAGGAGAAAAAUUCCGUGUCUACAAUUUUACAAACUGCUGUGGUCCAAGUAAGAGGAAAAAAGCAAAUAGGAAAAUGCCGUCUUUUGCUAGAUUCAGGUAGUCAGAGGUCUUAUGUUACCCAAAACAUGGCAAGAAAUCUCCAAUUACCUGUUGUGGAAGAAAAUAAACUUGCAGUUUUUACGUUCGGUGCUGAAUCACCACAAGAAUUCGAUAGCCCCAUGGUUAAACUACAUAUCAAGACUCAGACGAACAAAGUAUUAACUAUAUAUGCUAAUGUAGUACCAACCAUUUCUAAAAGCGUGCCAUACCCGGACGAGGAACUUAAGAGUUGGAAAAACAAAUUACAGCUAGCGGACGACGGGUCACUGGACGACGUUGUAGAUAUCUUAUUAGGUAACGAUUAUUAUUUUUCAAUAAUGUCCAUGGAAAAGAUAAAGGUUGGAGACAACCUCUAUUUGGUACAAUCUGAGUUUGGAUGGAUUCUGAGUGGGAAAAUUGACAAGAAAUCUUCCCAUGAUGAGUUAAUGGUUAUCACUUAUUUUCAGUCUUGUACGGAAAUCAAAUUCAAUCAACCUGAUCUACCACUGGAUAAUGCCAAUUUAAAGAACCUCUGGGAUCUAGAAUCAAUAGGUAUAAUUGACUCUCCAAAAUCUAACCGUGACGAAGAAGCUAUAAACAACUUCAACGAGACUACUGAUUUCUUCGAGAACAGAUAUCGGGUUUCAUGGCCUUGGAAGCAAUAUCCACCAAAUUUACCUUCCAAUUUUGGAUUAGCAUACGGGCGUCUUGUAAAUUUAUUAAAACGUACUGCAGAUAUUUCACCCUACGAUCAGACUAUAAACGAACAAAUUAAAAACGGCAUAAUAGAAACCGUGCCCAAAGGAUCAGUCGACCACCCAGUACAUUACCUGCCCUUUCACGGCGUGCAACAACCUGGAAAAACGAUAAGGAUUGUUUAUGACGCGUCAGCUAAAACGAAUAAGGAUCAUAAGAGUCUGAAUGAAUGCCUGUAUUGCGGACCAAUGAUGUUGGAAGACCUUACAGGUCUAUUAUUAAAAUUUAGAUGUCAUCCCAUUGGAAUUUCAGCAGAUGUCGAGAAGGCCUUCUUACAGAUUGGAUUACACGAGAGGGAUAGAGAUGUAACCAGAUUUUUGUGGUUGAAGGACAUUAACAAACCAGCCACAAUGGAAAAUCUCCUUCACCUGAGAUUUACAAGGGUACCCUUUGGGAUUAUUUCCAGCCCCUUUCUCCUAAACGCUACAAUACGAGAACAUCUUUACAAAUCCAAUGAGGAACAAGUAAAAAGGAUUGCUGACAAUAUAUACGUGGACAACGUAGUUACUGGAACAAAAACGACUGAAGAAGCCUUAAAAAUGUAUAAAAAAGCAAAAACCGCAUUCAUGGAUAUUUCUAUGAACUUAAGAGAAUGGGCAAGCAAUUCAGAAGAUUUCAUAAAGAAUAUACCUGAUGCAACUGAAGAUAAAAAUGUUAAGAUUUUAGGACUUACCUGGGCAUUAGAAGAAGAUACACUCGAACUGAGACUUAAACAUAUUAACCGGCUAGCGAACACUAAAAGAGAAGUUUUGAAAGUAAUCGCAUCUGUAUAUGAUCCCUGCGGAUUUUCAGCGCCACAGAUGUUACCAGCGAAGAUAUUUAUACAGGAGUUAUGGAAGCAGAAAAUCAAGUGGGACACACCGUUUAAUGAUGAAUUUAGAAAUAAAUGGAUACAGAUAUGCUCAUGCUUGGAUGAAAUUAAACUUCUAACAGUGCCUAGAUGUUAUAUGACAUCGGAUAAAGGUAAUGUUGAAUUGCAUUGCUUCACAGACGCAUCCUUGAAAGCAUAUGCUGCGGUGGUAUACAUACUUGACGAAAGGAUGAUAAAAUUUGUCAUUGGAAAGUCGCGUCUAGCACCGAUUAAAGAUCAAAGCGAACUCAAAGUUCCACGUCUAGAAUUGUUAGGUGUUUUAAUUGGAAGCAGAUUGAUCAAAUAUGUGGUUCAAACUCUUCAACUACAUGAAGUAAAACAGACUCUAUGGACAGACAGUACAAUCGUCAUCGAAUGGCACAAAUCGAAUAAACUUUUACCACCAUUUGUACAAAAAAGAAUCGAUGAAAUCAAGCAGAACAAGCUUCUAAAUAUUAGACAUGUCCCAACAGAACUAAAUCCGGCUGAUGUGGCCACUAAAUUGAACACCAAAAGAGACAAAUGGUUAACGGGACCGACAUUUCCAUUGGACACUCCGGAUUCAACAUUUUCUCUUCUGGCGCGGGACGGUCUUGCGAAGGAACUGACUGCUACUCCUGAGAUCCCGAUGAAAGCGAAUCUAGAUGAAAAUCAGGAAAAGCAUGUACCUUCAGAGAAAGUCACGGGAAUAAGUGGCGAAGAAGCAGUGAAAGAAGAGAUCAAAAGGCUACAAGCUGAGUUUUUUUGUGACGAAGUAAAUGGCAGAGAUACCGAUUUAAGCCGAAAUUUGGGACUAUUUAAGGACGAUGAUGGAAUUUUAAGGUGCAAAGGACGUCUAAAGUAUGCGGAUUGGGCAUAUGACAAACGCUAUCCCACACUUAUACCCAAGGACUGCAUAUUCACCAAUAAUUUGAUUAUGACCAUACACGAGAAAAACUAUCACGUUGGAGCCAACCACACUUUAAGUAUCAUUCGCCAGAAUUAUUGGAUCCCUCAAGGGAAGUCCCAAGUGCAAAGAAUAAUAAGGAAAUGUCCGAGAUGUAUAAAACAUGGAGGGGGCCCUUACCCGCUUCCACCAACACCGGCACUCCCACCAGAGAGAGUGAAUUACACAUCACCAUUUACAUUUACCGGGUUGGACUAUUUAGGGCCUGUGCAAGUCAAACUUCAAAACACCACAGAGAAACGUUGGAUAUGCCUAUUUACAUGCUUAGCAGUGCGAGCUAUUCAUUUAGAAGUCGUUAAGGAUUCAUCCGCUGAAGAGGGGCUACUUGCUCUAAGGAGAAUGAUAGCUACCAGAGGGACUCCGACUCUUAUAACAUCAGACAACGCAACACAGUUUAAAUUGAUUUCAGAAAUUUUAACAAAGCCGUACUGCAUCGAAAAUAACAUUAGGUGGAAAUUUAUACCACAACUUGCACCAUGGUUUGGCGGAUUUUAUGAAAGACUGAUCGGGAUUGUAAAAAAUUGCAUGAAGAGAACUCUGGGCAAACAUUUAUUGAAUGACAGUCAAUUAUCAACAAUCACUAAAGAAAUUGAAAAUGUUGUUAAUUCUAGACCACUUACCUGUGUUGACUCGGAAUUGGAACACAUCCUCAAACCAUCUGAUUUUCUGACUUUGAGUAAUUGUAUUCCAGUAAAGACAUCUCAUGAAGAUCUAACUAUAGAAGGUACUGUUACCAAGACCGAUCUUAUCGCAGGAUGGAGGAAAGCUCUUAUUGUACUAGAUGAGUUCAAAGACAUGUUUGUGAACAGAUACCUUCCAAGCCUAAGAGAAAGAUACAGUAAUUCACAUCAAGAACCAAGAGUAAAGACCAAAUUGCUCCCUAGUAUAGGUCAAUUAGUACAAAUAAAAGGCGAAUCAAAGAAUAGAGAAGGAUGGAAAGUCGGAAAAAUUACAGCUCUGGUCAAAAGCUCCGACGGUCUGUGUAGAGUUGCAAAAGUCAACGUUAAUGGUAAAGAGUUUACUCGAUCAAUUGCACAUCUUUAUCCACUGGAAGUUGAAGCAAAUACCACCGACUUUUAUUGGGCCACUAGUGACACAGACCAUAGUCAUACAACAGAGAUGGACAUAGAUACACCGUUAUUAGAAAUUGAGACAACACCGGAGGCACAUGAUAUUAACACUCAAAUAGAGAAUCUGUCUGAUACACCAUUAUUGGAAAUUGUUCCUCCAGAGACACAUGAGCACGUUACUGAGACUGAAAACUUAACCGAUGGUUCAUUGAUGGAGACUGAGACCUCCACCGACAUAACAAACCCUCGAAAAAGACGCGAUGCUGCUUCAAGAGCCCUAGAAAGGAUCAGGGAGUGGACGCGUAAUCUCUUAACCCUUCUAAAGUAAUCGCCUCGCCGUUGGGUGUGUCGCGACGUUGGUCGCGAUGUGUAAAUAGUGUAAAUAUUACAAAUAGCAACAUGGCGCAAGUUCCGAAGAUUUGUCUAUGCAUGGAAGGGCUGAUCAAGCCUAUCAUGUGCCCGAGUCACCGAGAGUGUCGGUGUCAUCGGGCAUUGUUUGUAACUCUACAGAAGGUGGACUGGUAGACGUGUCUCCGACCAAUUAACAAUAUGAAACAAAUGAAGUCUCAGAAUUCUAAUCUCACUGGGAAAUUAAGAGGUCAGUUAUAAUUUGAUAUCUUUAUUUUCGAUUAGCAUCGCUAUGUGUUGGCAUAG